AUGAAGGAAUACCUUGAUCUAAAGCACAUGGAGCUGGUUCCAGAUUCUGAAAUUAAUAACAUCAAUAGUUUGUACCUUCCUCAUCACGGAGUUGUUAGAAACACUAGCUCUACAACUAAGCUCCGCGUCGUCUUCGACGCUUCAAGUAAAACCUCGUCUGGACUUUCUUUAAACGAUUUGCUCAUGGUUGGACCAAGAGUACAGCCAGAACUUUUCCCUAUCCUGAUUCAGUUUCGACUUUUCAAUAUAGCCAUUUGCGCUGAUGUGGAAAAAAUGUUCCGCCAGAUUAAAGUUCAUGAGGAAGACGUAGACUGGCAAAGAAUUCUUUGGAGGGAGUCUCCAAACGAACCAAUAAAAGAAUAUUGUCUAACUACUGUUACCUACGGAACAUCCUCAGCACCAUUCCUCUCCACGAGAACCUUACGACAGCUUGCCAUAGACGAACAAGAGAAUUUUCCAGCCGCUUCAAGAGCUACCCGUUGUCACUUUUAUGUAGAUGAUUUGCUGAGUGGGAGUGCGACAAAGAAGGAAGCCAUUCAACUGGUAUCCGAGCUGCAGGAGAUGAUGAAAAAGGGAGGCUUUUCUUUAGGUAAAUGGGUGUCAAACGAUCCCGACGUACUGGCAACCAUUUCAAAAGAAUUACAGGCAAUUGAUUCAAAACACACGAUCAAUGAUGACCAACCUGUCAAGAUUCUGGGAAUAGCUUGGCUUCCAGAUGUUGACAAGUUCACCUUUACCAUCACCGUCAAUGAGAUGGACGUAUGGACUAAACAAAAGGUACUUUCUGAAGUCGCUAAAAUCUUUGACCCCUUGGGCUGGUUGGCACCUACAGUUAUCAAUUCCAAAAUCUUCCUUCAAGAGCUGUGGAGUCAUCAUCUAAGCUGGGACGAGGAGCUACCUGAUUCUCUGGCAAAGCAGUGGAGAACAUUUCAAGAACAGCUUCCUGUACUUACAAAUAUCAAAAUUCCACGCUGUAUUCUCAUUCCCCAGGCUUCAGACGUGCAAGUACACGGAUUCUGCGAUUCUUCAGAGAAGGCCUAUUGCGCAGCUAUAUACAUUCGUUCCCAGGAUGUAACCCUAGCUGUGACAUCCAGACUGCUAACAUCCAAGACGCGUGUCUCUCCAGUAAAACCGCAGUCUUUACCUCGAUUGGAACUCUGUUCUGCUUUACUUCUUGCCAAUUUGUUGCAAGCUACCUUGCCAACGCUAACUGUGCCAAUCUCUGAGACAUUUGCGUGGUCUGAUUCCAAGAUCACACUGGCAUGGCUGAAGUCUGAACCAAGAAGAUGGCAACCGUUCGUAGCUCAUCGAGUAGCACAAAUUCAAGAGCUGACUCCUAAUGUGCACUGGAACCAUGUGAGCAGUCUGGAGAAUCCUGCUGAUUGCGGAACAAGAGGGAUACCUCCAACUAAACUAGAAAAGUGCGACUUUUGGUUCAACGGACCUGAUUGGCUAAGGAUUUCUACUUUUCCUAAUGGAGGGUUUGAGGAUAAUCCAGAAUUGCAAAAAGACAUGUCUGUAGAAGCUAAAGGAACAUCCAAGCUGAGUUCAAGAUUGAGAUGGCUUCCCGCAUAUGAAUUCCACAAAUACAACAAACAAGCAGGGCUUAAAGACAUGUUUCAAAACGUGGAACUGAACAAGAAAAGACAGCUCGAACAGGAUGAAAGUGGGGUAAAUGAGCCCAGCGGAGAAUGUGUUGAAAAUGACGAUAACGAAAAUCAAGAUCCUGCAGAAAACAGCUCAGAAGAUCAUCCUGAUGAUCGUCCUGUAAAGCGAGCUAGAAAUGAAGACGGCACUAUAUCUAAUGUCCUACAAGCUUUGCAAAACCUUUCUAAAGACUUUGAGGACUUCAAGAAAAUGCCCAAACAGCAAAGUCAACCAUCAGUCCCAUCAGUCUCCUCUAUAAGUGACUCAACUUUGACAGAAGAGGAAAUUGAAAUUCUGCUGAAGUCUCAAAGAUCAGUGGCAGGUCUUAUGAAAUGGGCAGGAAAGUUUGAAAGAUGCCAAGAUGGAAUUAGAUGCCAAGUGUGUCAGUCAACCAUCUCCUACGAUUACAGUAAAGGAGAUGACUUUACUGGUGAAAAGGAAAAUAUGCCACUUGCUUUUUGA